AUGAGUGCUUAUCCGUAUCCCCAUGGUUACCCAUACCAUGGAAGACCUUACACAAGAAGCAUUCUACCUCAAACCUAUGAACCACACCCACAAUACUAUCCUAAUCAUUAUGUGUACCCACCAUAUACACACCCACCUUACCCAAACACUUUCACUUAUCAUACCUACGAGUCAUAUCCUUAUGCUACAUCAUCUAUGCUUAAUUACGAGAGAAUUGAGAAACCUACAUACCAACCUGGAGAGGAAUCCCUUAGCUCAAUAGCGGAGAAUAUUAACAAUAGACUUAUUCAAGUCAUGAAGGAAAUUGACCCAAGUUGUGAACUGGCAUUAAAGGCCACGAUUCCUUCAAUCAUUAAACCUCCGAUUCCUUAUAACCCUCCAUUAACCCAUCAACCUGAGAGACAUUGGUAUUCUCAUUCUCGCACCAAUCCGAGCUAUUCACCCCCACCACAACAAAGUGAAAGAUAUAUCAGUGAAACACCACCUUUUGUUCAAAAUUUCAACCAACCUAUACUAUCUUAUGAGUACCUUCCACCUGCCAAUGAUGAAAUCCAGAUCUUGAAGGAUAAAGUAGACAUGUUCAUACAAAUGGCCAAGGAAGAUACCAUCAAUCUACGAAAUGAAAUUAGAAGUGAAAUGAAGAAAAACCUUGUCGCUCUUCGUGAGGGAGGACUUCCACUGGAUGAAAUCGAGACCAAAAUGCUAUCGAUGUCGGAGGAACUUAUGAAGAGAAUGCUACCAAUUGUUGACAAUCUUGUCACAAAUGACCACCCGGCAAUGGAAACCAACCGGCGAGAGAAUGAUAAGAUGGAAAGGAUGAUUGAUGAUUGA